AUGAUAGAGGACAACUUUAAUGGAAGCAGACAAGAGUUUAUCAACGCGCGCUUUGACCCACCCUCUAUCAUUUUCGAAUCUAAGUCCCUCCAACGUUUGACUCUUCACUACUGCAACUUGAGCCACGAUGAUAUUCUUCACAGGUUGAGAGCGAUCAGAAUCGAUAAACGAGCUCGCUAUCUCAAGCGAUUUGAAUGGUCUGGUUCAUACGACGUCAAUGAGUUGCCGAGUCUUGAAAUUGAUGUCCCGUCUCUUGAGAAAAUCAAGAUUAAUGACUGCUUGAAACGGGCUACCAUUGAUGUGCCAAACAUAGUCAUGUUUAAGUAUGAAGGAUUUAUUCCCGAGUCAUUUUAUUUCACGACAACUUCUGAAAAGUGGGAAUCGGAUAUAACCCUGUGGACUCGUGAUUUGUUCGAAGAUAAUUCACCAGGGUUGGGCAAAGUAGGUCAACUACUCAGAGCACUAAGCGGAUCGGAAAUGUCUCUUGAUUUUGGGUGGUUCUAUCUAUCUGCGCAUACCGUGUCGUCUUUUAUGGACAAUCUAUUUUGCAUUUGUCGUCCUAGAAUUAUACAACAGACUCUUGUUGUUGGCCCAGACUCUAGAUAUUUGACCGACCAAUGGGGCAACCAGUCAACAAAGGUGAUGUGCAAGAUCCUGGGGAUGGAGAAAGGAAGAUUUGAAAGUGGCCGAAUAACGAGGGGCCGUCAAUGGCGACAAGAUCUCGAGAAAGUAAUGUUUGAAACUUUUGAUGAAAGGGAGGAAAAAUGGCAUCCUGUCGUGGAGAGAAGUUGGUCAAAAUUUUGGGAAGGAUUGUUGCCAAAGGAUGAUUCUGAGAGCGUGGAGCACUACAUGCGCUUUCGACUGACCUGGAGAGAAUAA